ACUAGAUCCGGAGUUAAGUCGUAAACUUGACUGAGACACGCGUUACCAACAACGUGCAGAAGUCCACGCGCAUCUAUUUGACUCGAGCAGCAUUAUUGCACAUCUUGCGUCAGCCUUAAAUCUUGCCAAACCAAGGGUUUACGCAAAAAACUUGUUUUUCCGGUCGCAGAGUCCAAUGAAACUUCCGAGUGGACUCGACUCCUUUAAUGUGUUGCUGAACACUGGAGGUAAACUCGCUUGAAUCAUGAAUGACAGGGAUGACUUCAGGCCCGUGAUACGGAGUCGAAGGCGCGCGACUAUCACAAACGCAAAGACUGAGACUUCGAAGCUCGGAAACGGCGCGACAUCAGAAGUCAAAACUCCCGAAAAGAAGCAGGAGUCGAGAAACUUACAGCUGAAAGAAGACAACAAACGAAAAUGCGAUCGAUACGACCAAAUGAGGUGUCACCAUAUGCAAGAGUCAUUGCUCAGUUCUGCAAGCAGCUUCAAAAAUUACAGAGGCAUUCUGAACUGGUGUGUGGUAAUGCUGGUUUUGAGCAAUGCACGCCUGUUCUUGGAAAACCUUCUCAGGUAUGGCAUUUUAGUGGACCCCAUUGAAGUUGUGUCAUUGUUCCUCAAGGACCCUUAUAGCUGGCCUGCUGCGUGCCUGGUCAUUGUGUCUAAUGUGUUCAUACUUGUUGCAAUGUACACCGAGAGGAAACUGGCAAUGGGCUCGAUCAGUGAGAAGGUUGGCCUGAUGAUUUACAUCUUCAACUUAACUGUCAUCUUGUGUUUUCCUGUGAUGGUCGUUUUGAAGCUGCCAUCCAUCACACCAAUCGGAGGGGCGUUUGCUUUAGGGAUCUACACCAUCCUGUUCUUAAAGUUGUACUCGUACAAAGACGUUAACAGGUGGUGCAGAGAGACAAUGCAAGUGAAGGCCCGCAGUCUCUCAAGAUCUCAGUCAUGUCCAUCAACUCCAUCUAUGCCCAGCAAUAAGCACGUGUCUUACCCGGGAAACCUUUCUCUCAAGGAUAUAUAUUAUUUUGUUUUCGCUCCAACCCUGUGCUAUGAGCUCAAUUUCCCACGUUGUGAAUCCAUACGGAUGGGAUUUCUGCUAAGGAGGCUCUUUGAGAUGUUGCUUCUCACUCAGUUAUUGGUUGGUUUAACACAGCAGUGGAUGGUGCCAAUCAUUCGAAGUUCAAUGAAGCCUUUGCAGGAAAUGGACUACACUAGAAUGACCGAACGUCUCCUUAGACUGGCUGUGCCCAACCAUCUUCUCUGGUUGAUUUUUUUCUACUCGUUUUUCCAUUCCUCAAUGAACUUUGUGGCUGAACUGUUGAGGUUUGGAGAUCGUGAAUUCUACAGGGACUGGUGGAACUCUGAGACGAUAACAUACUUCUGGCAGAACUGGAAUAUUCCUGUGCACAAAUGGUGUCUCCGGCACUUUUACAAGCCUUUGGUGAGAAAAGGCGCUGGGAAGUUACUGAGCCAAUCAGCUGUGUUUUUCGCUUCGGCUUUCUUCCACGAGUACCUGGUCAGUGUUCCUCUCAGGAUGUUCAGACUCUGGGCGUUCAUGGGUAUGAUGGCGCAGAUCCCACUGGCGUGGUUUGUGGCCAAGUUUCUCCGAGGUAACUACGGAAACGCCGCUGUGUGGCUUUCGCUCAUUAUUGGCCAGCCUAUUGCCGUUCUGAUGUAUGUACACGACUACUAUGUCAUCCACAACAGCCCAGCAGAUGCUGAAGCUCUGUAAUCACACUGUAUAAGCUGGAGGUUUGCUUGAAUGAUUGCCGAGGCUCAGCAGAGCUGCUAAACUUCUAUAUGUUGCCCUACAACUUCUACAGAAAAUAUUACAGAGGUACACACAGAUACAAACGAAGAGUACUACUGAAAGUCAAGUUUACAUCAAAUAUUUAGAUAAACUCUCUGCAUUAGGGUGUGUAACCCUUCACAAAGAAGUACAACAAUCUAAAGAUCCAGUUUGUGCGAAUGUGCAAUAUACUAAGAGUUGUUGAACUGCGAAAGAGUUUGAAAUGCAAGCUUUUGAAUGUGUGUUUACAGACAUUUGAUGUUAAGUAAUUGUUUUAAAUUGAAUGGUACAGUAUUUCCUGAGAGUGGGCUACAUGCAUUCGCCAGUUCACGGAAUACAAGACUCAAACAUUUUUUAUUCUUUUUAUUCUGUUUUUUAGCAUCUGCAUACAGUAAUGUUAAAAUAUUGUGAAAUGUUGUAUACUGGAAAUAGGUUGAAUGAUGUUCUGCACAAUGAAUUGAUCUUUUUUAAAUUUGAUGUCGGUUUAUAAAUCUAUGUGAUGCUGAAAUGCAAGGGCAGUUUGUACAGACUGAAAUGUAGAAUUUUCUAAUGAGAAUAUAUUUUUAAGUAAUAUGUGGGAAACAUUUGUUGAUGUAUGACUGCUAAGAUUUUUGCAAAGGGAAAUGAGACAGAAAUGUCUGUAAAAUUCAAAACGUUGCGUCCUUACAUUUUCUAUGUGUAUUUGUGGUAACGCUUUCCUUGAAGCAUGCAUCUAUAAUGCAUUAUAAAAGUAGUUUUAAAGCAUUGUAAUGCACCAUAAAAUGCAUUGUAAUGUCUUUUAAAUAAUUGUUAUUACAGUUAAUACAUUAUAGCCAUUCAUUGUUACACUACACAUUUUAAAUUGGUUAUAAUUCUUGACAACUGCAUAUAAUGCAUUACAACGCACAUUAUGAAGAAUUAAAAUGCAUUUUACCCUUUAAUAACUCUUUAUAAUGCAUUAUACAUGCAUGCUUCAAGGAAAGUGUUACCGUAUUGGUUUUUUGUUUAAUUGCAUUUUAUGGUGUUUAACUAGGGCUAUCUGUCCAUAGCAAAACCCCAGCGUGAUACUCCACUCAUGUGCGCUACCUUGUGGCAGUUCUUGUGAAUAAACACCCCGUAAACAAUGUUA